UGUAAUCCUUCUUGUGUCUUCGUUGUGAACAACAACGAAAAGUUUCAAACGGCUUUGUAUAAAUGAACCGAACCAACUGCCAUUCUCUACUGCAAAAGUGUGGAAACUUAGAGCAGCUCAAGCAGAUCCAUGCCCAAUUGAUAACACAAAGGCUUCACCAUCUUCAACAUCUUGCUUGUAAAAUCCUAAACAAGUACACCAAAUUCAACAAAUCAGUAGAAGCUCACAAGGUCUUCAAUCAGAUUCAGAACCCAGAUAUAAUAUCUUGGACUUGUCUCAUCUCUCUAUACUUGCAAAUUGAUCAACCGUGCAAAGCACUUGCAUUCUUUUCGGAAUUAAUCUGCACGGGUCAAAGACCUGAUACCUUUUCAAUUGUAGGAGCUCUCUCGGCUUGUGGGAGAAAACAAGAUCUGAGUCAUGGAAAGAUGGUUCAUGGGAUGAUCUUCAGGUAUGAUUUGGAUUCUGACCCGAUAGUUGGUAAUGCUCUGAUCGAUAUGUAUAGCAGAAAUGCAAGAAUUGAAGCAGCCCAGUUGGUUUUUUUGGAGAUGAAAAUAAAAGAUGUUUCUUCAUGGACUAGUAUGCUUCAUGGGUUUGUUAAGUGCAAUGACUUAGAAUCUGCUCGCUUGGUUUUCGAUAAAAUGCCGCAAAGGAACUCAAUCUCUUGGACUGCAAUGAUCAGUGGUUACAUCCGGGCAGGGAAACCAAUUCAAGCAUUAGAACUUUUUCAGAAAAUGAAAUCAGAGGGAGAUGAGCCUCCUAAUGCGACCGCAAUUGUAGCUGUUCUUUCUGCUUGUGCAGAUAUUGGAGCUCUGGAUCUUGGCAGAUCGAUCCACAGUCAUAUUAGCAAAACUAAUCUAAAUUCAAAGGACGUUACCUUGUGCAAUGCUCUACUGGAUAUGUACUCAAAGAGCGGGAGCCUCGAUAGGGCUGCUAAGAUAUUUCAUGAGAUGCCCAUGAAGGACUUAUUUUCUUGGACAACUAUGAUUUCAGGAUUUGCUUUUCAUGGGGACGGAAACAGUGCUAUUCAGGUCUUCUGUGAAAUGUUAAGAACUGGGAUGAGCCCAAAUGAGGUGACAUUUGUUGCUCUUUUAUCUGCUUGUAGCCAUGCAGGACUGGUUAAUGAGGGUCAAAGAUGGUUCCACAGAAUGAGCCAUGUCUAUGGUCUUGAACCCAAGAUUGAGCAUUAUGGAUGUAUGGUAGAUCUUCUUGCCCGUGCUGGCUUGGUUGAAGAAGCAGAAAAGUUGAUUGGAGAGAUGCAAACUGAUCCAGAUGCUGUGAUUUGGAGAUCAUUAUUAAGUGCUUGCUUUGUUCAUGGGAAUAUUAAAUUAGCUCAAAUGGCUGGAAAGAAGGUCAUAGAAUUAGAAUCAGAAGAUGAUGGGGUAUAUGUACUUCUUUGGAACAUGUAUUGUUCUGCUAACAGGCGGGAAGAAGCGUUGAAGACAAGGAAGAUGAUGAAAGAUCAGAAUGUUAAGAAGAAACCUGGGUGUAGCUGGAUUGAGGUUAAUGGUGUUGUUCAUGAAUUUGUUGCUGGAGCAAAGAUGCAUUGCCUUCAAACAGACAUUUACUUAGUUUUAGAAGGUAUCGCAGAGCAAAUGAAACUGGGGUCUAGCCGCUACUGUUAUGAGUAUGAUGGAUGAAAAACUAAGAAAGAUCUCUAAGGACAUUCCCCAUCCGGCAAUGGAUUCAGUACAGGAAGUAAAUGAACACGCGGGCUCAGACUGCCUUAACAUUUGAUAUGAUAUGGAGGGCUACUUGGUUCAAUUGAAUGCUGCUUCCCCUUCAAGAGGAAGGUGGUAUGGCUACUCACCUUUUUGUGAUUAGAGUGGCUUCUGUUUUGAGCAAAAUGAACCUAGGCCUUAAAGAAGACUCAUUGGAGAAAAAUAAGGUUUAGAGGAGGCUUUAUAGAAGUUGAAAUGUUUGGAACAGUAGACACAUGAUUACAAUGCAGUAAGAUACUUAUUUCUACUCCAAAGAAAAGAGAAGAGACUAUGAUGUAGUAGUUUUUGUAUGGCGUGUGAAGCUCUGAUGUCAAAGCUCCGAACACAGGAUCUGUUCCAUCCAGGGACAAAAG